AUGGCAAGCUGCUGGGCGGUCCUGCUGCUGCUGGUCACCGUGGCCGCCGCGGUCCCCGUGAAGACCCCUCAGCCCUACGAGAAGGCCAUUGCCCGGGCCAUCGCCUUCUACAACCAAGGACCAACGGUGAAAUAUGCCUUCCGCCUCCUUACAGCCACACCUCCGCCUGAAGUGGCCCAGGGCACCAUAUCCAAUGCUUUUCAGCUGAACUUCACCAUCAUGGAGACCACGUGCCCGGCGUCAGACAAAACCCCUGUGGAGCAAUGCGCCUUCAAAGAGAAUGGGCUGGUCAGAGACUGCUCAGGACACUUCUCCACCCAGGAAACAUGCCCUGUCUUCGCGAUCACCUGUGACGUCGCCCCUCCACAGCCCGUUCGCGUCACCAGAUGGUGGCCCCUUGUGAGGAUAGGCGCAAAAAUCGUCGGUCACGGCAUUGACUACUACCGCAGAAGGGGUUAAUCCAGAGAUCGAGGAGGGUAAUGCAAGUUUGGAAGACCUGCCCGUGCCCCACGCUGGAAGCUUACCAGGAAUC